AUGGGUAAAUCUUUCCUUAUCUUGGUUACAACUACGAUAGCAGACAUUUACUUCGUACAUCAACGUGGAGUCAGACUUGCAGCUUGGGGCCUCUGCCUAUCUAUUGGUGUCGGAGGAGGCACGAUCAUCUCUGGUUAUAUUAUCAAAGACUUAGGCUGGAACUGGACCUACGGUAUCUGUGCGAUUAUGUUCGGCGUCUGGAUAGUGGUACUAUUCCUGUUCUGCCCCGAGACAGCAUACAGACGGGACGAGUCCCUUAAUACCGAUCUCGGGAUAGUACCCGGAAUUGGUCAACAAGCAGAGAAGCCUGCGCAGAACGAAAGCUCGAAAGUGAAAGCAGAUAGAAGAUCAUCUGAAGCUGAAAAUAUCGAGGUCGAGGUCGAGAUCAUAGAACGUGCAACUACGGAUGUCUCCUGGUCAGAGAAAAAGCAUAGCUAUUGGCACGAUUUGAGGAUUUUCCACGGGAGAGUCUGUGACGACCCAUUUUGGAAGGUUCUUACUCGGCCGCUGCUUAUGCUUAUAUUCCCCCAAGUACUAUUCUCUUUCUUUGCCUACGGGCUUACAACCUCCUGGCUGGUUGUUGUGGGUAGCGUUCUGGCCCAGCUCUUUACGGCCCCUCCGUAUAAUUUCAGUGUCUCGGGUGUCGGGCUUGUCUCCAUUGCUUCCCUAGUCGGCGCGAUCGUGGGAGCCUUCAUAUCAGGACCUAUCGCGGACUGGAUCAUCAAAUCGAUGUCUCGAAGAAACGGUGGCAUAUAUGAACCCGAAUUCCGACUUGUACUCAUCGUGAUUACAUUUUUCUUGGGGGGUAUGUCGUUCUUCGGCUUCGGCUGGUCGCUCCAACAACAAGACCCUUGGAUUGCCCCGGUGAUUUUCUACGGGCUUCAGUAUUUUAGCGUGGGAUUUAUGACUAUUGCUGUAUAUGGCUACUUGACAGACUGUCAUCGCGACAAGGCCCCCGAAGCGUUUGCGGCUAUCAACUUAAGGAAUAUUUACUCUUUCGGAAUGAACUACUUCAUAUCAGAUUGGAUAAGUAGUCAGGGGCCGAAGGAGGUAUUUUGUAUAAUUGGCGGGAUACACGUUUUCAUCUGCCUAUGUGCGAUCCCCAUGUAUAUUUUUGGGAAGAGAUGUAGGAGCUGGACAAGCAGAGUGAAGGUGUUUGAGAAAGUUAUGAAAGCAUAG